AGCGAGCUGCUUAGUACACUAGCAAAGCGUUAGUUUGCUAAAUUCAAAAAGGAUCGCAGGAGACGUUGACGGAGAUCAGCGACUUUCGUAUAGACUGUAUAGUUCGGGCCACUAACACAAGCAGAAAACAAAGCCUUUAAAAUGUGUUGUUUACGCGUAUCUAUUCUAUUGUUAUUAGUGUGGCAAUUCGCUGUAUAUCGGACGCAAGGUUAUGCCAUUCAUCACGAGCCUAGCGAGCGCCACAUGCAUCCGAUAUUUAAUUUCAAGGCCGCUGCGCCUUCUCACUCCAUGCAGAAACGCUCCAUGCCAAUUAUUAACUUUGAUGCACCCAUAACGGAAGAAGAAUAUUCGCAUUACUGGAAUUCAAUUGCACAGAAUAUACUGGAAAAGCAGAUUGCCGAGAAGUCAAAACUAAAUAUGAAUCUUGCAAAAAAUAUUAUAUUCUUCCUCGGCGAUGGCAUGUCCAUACCAACCUUGACAGCUGGGCGCGUCUAUUUAGGCGGCGAGGAAAGGCAAUACAGCUUCGAGCGUUUCCCCUAUGUGGGUCUCAGUAAGACCUACUGCACCAAUACCCAGGUCGCCGACUCUGCUUGCACCGCCACCGCUUAUCUGGGUGGUGUUAAAACCAACUACGGCACAAUAGGUGUAUCCGCUGCCAUCGAGCCGAAUGAUUGUCUAGGUCAAAACAACAGUCAACAUCACGUCAUUUCUAUAGCCGCAUGGGCACAACAACACGGCAUGGCAACUGGCCUGGUUACCACCACGUCAGUAACACACGCCUCCCCAGCUGGCGUUUACGCACAUAUUGCCAAUCGUAAUUGGGAGAAUGAUGCGGAGGUGUUAUCCGAUAACGGCGAUCCGCUUGUGUGCACCGAUAUCGCCGCUCAACUGGUGCAAGGUGACGUAGGUCGUAAAUUGAAUGUUAUUUUGGGUGGCGGCCGUAAACACUUUCUACCGAACACCGAGCGCGAAUUAGAAGGCGAAUUGGGUCAGAGGUUGGAUGGCCGCAAUUUGAUUAAGGAAUGGCAGGGCAUGCAUGGUAAUACGGCAAAGUAUGUGCAGACGCGUAGCGAGCUGCUGAAUCUACCAGCUUCUACCUCGCGCGUCAUGGGUCUUUUUGGCGCCAAUCACUUGCCCUUCCAUCUCGAUGCCGACGCCACACAAACGCCCUCACUCGCCGAGAUGACUUCAGUCGCAUUGGACAUUUUGGAACGUCAAAGCAACGGUCGCGGUUUCUUCCUAUUCGUUGAAGGCGGUCGCAUUGAUCACGCACAUCAUGACACGCUCGCCAUGAAAGCGCUCGACGAGACGGCCGAAUUCGAUAAGGCCAUCACUUUGGCACGCUCACGCACCGACGAGCGCAAUACACUCACCGUCGUUACGUCCGAUCAUUCGCACACUAUGUCCGUUGCUGGCUACUCAUCACGGAAGAAUGAUAUUAUUGGCGUUAAUAACGGCCAGCUGGGUGAUGAUCAUCUGCCCUAUGCCACACUCAGUUAUGCCAAUGGUCCUGGUUUCGAAUACAAUGUGCUCAGGGCGAAUGGUGCCAUUAAACGUAAGAAUCUGCACAAAAUCGACAUGAAGAACAAAGACUAUCAGUUCCCUUCGAUGGUGCCACUGGAAUCGGAAACGCAUGGUGGCGACGAUGUAGGCGUGUUUGCGAGCGGUCCCUUUGCGCAUCUCUUCACCGGUAACUACGAGCAAAACUUCUUGCCACAUGCGAUUGCCUACGCGGCGUGUUUGCAGAGUGACACAAGCGUGAGAAGAACGGCGUGUACAGAUGGAGUGCUAAAAGCGAGAGAUUGAAUGGCGACGGUAGAAAGGGGGUUGGGAAGGAAGCACCUAAUGCGUUAGAUUUGCUACAAUAUUCAUUACCAUUUAGUUUAUUUAUUGUAUUUAUAUACACAUACAUACAUAUGUAGGGGAUGAUGCAUAGUCAAAUUCAGGAAAUCAUGUACUUAAAAAAUAAGCAACCAAAUACAUAAUCUAUGAGGAGCACCACGCAUAAAAGUGGUGCCUCCCAUUGGACAAUUUAAAUCG